GUAUAGUCGAAUUUUCAACUGGAUUCUGACUGAUACCAUUAGUGUAGAUCGGCCAACAAAUUAAAGUACCAGCCCAUUUAAUGAAAACUCCGUAUUAAUUUUUUUAUUGCAUAUAUUAUUAUGUAAAUGCAAGUAUAUUACAUAUAUUCUUUAUUAAGACACGACAAAUCAGUAAUUUACGAAAUUCAAUUGACUUUAAAUCUUAAAAUUAAACACCUUGCUGCAUUUUUAUAAGACACCAUCUUUAUAAAUAUAUUUCUUCUGUGCGUGUGCUUGUCACUGAACUCCUCCUAAACGGCUGGACUGAUUUGAAUUAUUUUGUUGUAUACGUUUUGGUGGCACCCUAGAAGGGUUAGAUUCACAAAUCAGCCCGGCAGAGGGCGCUGCAGUCGGUAUCUAGGUUAUUUAUCUUUCCUAGAAAUAAUUUAUAUGGCAAACAACGUUUGCCGGGUCAGAUAGUUGAUUUAGAAAAAAAUUAACUUCGAUAUAUUUUAUAGAGCUCUGAUAAACAGACUGAUAAACAGUUUUCAGUGAUUAUUUUAAAUCAAUCAAGAAUUUUCCUGUUAAAAUUCGUACAUAUGUAUAAGUAUACUUAAGUCUUUAUAUAACUGUAUUGAUUUCUAUCGUAAAAUAAAAUUUUUCUAAAACAAAUUUUAAAAAAAACCCUUUUGGCUGUAAAUGGAUCUUAUAUCAGAUAUCAAGCAACGGUCAGUACAUCAGAAAACGUUGACGUCACAAACUUAAAGCCCUUCCACGAAAUACCUGGCCCUUCAUCAUUGCCCCUCAUUGGACCUCUACUACAUUUCAUUCCGGGAGGUUCACUCUACACUCCAGAUACCAAAGAUUUCUCAGCAAAACUAUUCAAAUUGUACGGACCUAUAGUCAAACUUGAUCCGCUCUUUGCCAGAAACACAUUACUGAUGGUGUAUGAUCCCGAGUCUGCAGCUAACGUUUUGCGAAGUGAAAAUCGUAUACCGUAUCGAGGUGGUUUCAAUUCACUAGCAUAUUACAGGAAGCACAUUAAGAAACAUGAAAACAAUCAUAAGAAAUUGACUGGAUUAAUUACUGAUCAGGGUGAAGAGUGGUGGGAUUUACGUUCAACAGUAAAUCCAGUACUGUUGCAGCCAAAAACCAUAAAACUGUACAGCGCGGCUAUCGAUGAAGUGGCUCAAGAGAUGAUGAAUAGAAUGAAAUCAAAAUUAGAUGAAAACAAUCGUCUUCAGGCUAAAUUCGACGAUGAAAUGAAUCUCUGGGCACUUGAAUCAAUCGGAGUUGUAGCUUUCGGAAUUAGAUUGAACUGCUUCGAUCCAAAUUUGGCUGAAAACUCACCGGAAAAGAAGUUGAUCGAAUGCGUUCACCAGAUCUUCAAUUUAUCUAAUCAAUUAGAUUUCCAGCCAAGCUUGUGGCAUAUAUUUUCAACUCCAACAUAUAAGAAGGCAAUGAAGAUGUUUCAGUUACAGGAAGAUCUAAGCAAAUAUUUCAUUAAUAAAGCUAUGAGAAACAUUAACAAAAACGAGAAUAAACCAGACGAACAAAAAGGUGUACUAGAAAAACUACUUGACAUCAACGAAGAAUACGCUUAUAUCAUGGCUACAGAUAUGCUUGUCGCUGGAGUCGAUACAGUUGCAAACAGUAUUGCGGCAACCUUAUAUCUCUUCGCGAAGAAUCCAGAAAAACAGGAGAAGCUGAGGGAAGAAGUGAUGUCGAAAGAAAGUAAAAGAUAUUUGAAAGCGUGCAUCAAGGAGACAAUGAGAAUGAUGCCCGUUGUAUCAGGAAACCUUCGACGCACUACUAAAGAAUACAACAUACUCGGAUAUCAUGUACCGAAAGGGAUCGACGUGGCUUUUGCUCAUCAAGAUUUAUCAUCGAUGGAAGAACAUUAUCCAAGACCCACAGAGUUCAUUCCAGAGCGCUGGUUGGCAGACAAAAAUGACCCGCUUUACUACGGAAAAGCUCACCCUUUUGUAAUGGCACCGUUCGGCUUUGGUGUCCGGAGUUGUAUAGGUCGACGCAUCGCCGAAUUGGAAAUUGAAACAUUCCUGACUAAGAUCUUAGAGAACUUCCGGGUAGAGUGGUACGGGCCACCUCCUAAAAUAAUCCAGACUUCAAUCAACUACUUCACCGGACCUUUCAAUUUCGUUUUUAAUGACAUUAAAAAAAAGUAGCGUGUGUGUUAGGGAAAUGGAAUCAUAGAUUUAGGUAGUUUGAUGUGUUAAUUAAUUUAUUAAAAUGUAAUUAAAGCCAUUUAAAGGAAGAAAGAAGUGUACAAAAGGACAAAAUUCAAAAUUACGAUCGUGUGAAUGAAAUAAUAUCAUUUAACGAUUUCACAUUCGAAUAUUCAGGUGAAAAUUUAUUGACUUUCACUUGAAAAAAAUCGGUUGUCUGUAAAGUCGGCUUACUGACGAUAGUUGAACGUGACAACGUCUUAAGAAAAUACUGAUGGAAUGGUUUCAUUUUUCAAAAGAAAAUUGUAAUUUUAUUUGUUUGAUAGAUAUUUUGUAUGGACAAUUGACACCACAUUCACUUUUCACUGAACUUCAUACUUGACGAAAACAUGUAAAUGUAUUAUUGUAUAGCAGCUGUCCACGCGGAUGCAUCGCUCACUGAGUAGGAGAGAGACAGAUGUCGAACGCUGCCGAACGCGGAGGCCGAUUGUGCCUCUUUCUCGCUCGUUGCGCGCUCUCGCUUGCACUUCAAGCCUUAAAUGGAACGCCUCAAUGAGUUAUGUUUUUUCGUGCGUGCAGCCGGCUCCAUCGAAUUAUAAGACGUUGUCACGUCAAAAUCAAUAUCUAGAUUUUUGCAAUUCUUUAUUAUUUUUAAUUGGUAGGUGAACUCACAAACGCUACUGGGACUCACAACGUGAAUGAUUCCCCCCCAAAUAAGACAUGAGGUCUAAGUUUCAAUUGUUCAACCCUUCAAACCGAAACUCAACCCGUAAUCAUGUUAAUUCAUAAACGAACUACAACAAUAGAACACGUACGAUAAUAAUCAAAUAAACAUUCUAAUCAACCCUAGCGAAUGGAAAAACCGUAAAACCUCAGAGGUUUUUGAAUCAUCUUGAUUUUUAACUAUAAGGAUGAAAAUUAAACUUAAGAUGUUGUGUAUAUUACAUUUUUUACGUUUUCUUGCAAUUUAAAAGUUUAAAUAUUUUUAAAUAGCAAAUUAUGUAGCUUUUAGAAAAUUUCAGUGAUAUAUAGUUAAAGUUAAAGCUACUAUCGAACGCAAGUUAAUUGAAAUAUAUUUAAAUUAACUCUCGAUUAGGUCGAGGCUAUUUGCUUAAUUGAAUCGGAUUAUGCGAAAGUGAAGAAUUUAUUUAUUUAUUUUAUUUUAUUACUGAUCUUCCAUCAAAGCAUGUUUUAAACAUUUAGUAAAACUAUUAUACGUAAAACUGUAUAAAUUGCCAAGAUACGAAAAACAUUUCGUGAAAAAAAAAUCAAUUUGGCCUCUAUUUUUUGUAUAAACACAACCCAGACAGACGGCCAUGAAAAAUGUGUGUAGGGACUUUUUACUGUACCAUAUUUGUGUGGCUUAUUAGCAUAUUUAUCAGAUUUCCAGCUUUGUACAAUCACAACGUAUAGCAAAUACGAAACUUUGAUAUUUCUUUGAAAUUUUAUUCAAUAAGAGCGUGUCCCGCAAAUCGAAACGCCUUAGUAGAAACUCAUUCUGUAUGAGAUACACUUGAUUGUGAAUUAAUGUAAAUUUUAUAAAAUAGUUUUUCAACACAAUGUUUGAUUGAAAUAGAUCUGUAGGUUUUGGUUGAAGCUUGAUUAUUCAAGCUUAGGAACCUUAGGAACAAAGAAAAAGAAGUCGCAACAAUUGUACUUUUCAAACUCCAACGAUAAAUCGACUUGUUUACUAGAAAACGGUACAAUUUCAAAGAUUUCUUAAACUGAACUCGAUGCAAAAGUAAAAACAAAAAGUCAGAAACAAUAAAUGAUUCACGAGCAAAAGUUACAUUGCUCGCCACAGUGUAUAUCUCGUACCGUCCGGCUAUGGAAUGAGCUGCCCUCCACGGUGUUUCCCGAGCGUUAUUACAUGUCCUUUUUCAAACGACGCUUGUGGAGAGUAUUAAGCAGUAGGCAGCGGCUCGGCUCUGCCCCUGGCAUUGCUGAAGUCUUUUUUUUGUUGCUUAGAUGGGUAGACGAGCUCACAGCCUACCCGGUGUUAAGUGGUUACUGGAGCCCAUAGACAUUUACAACGUAAAUACGCCACCCACCUUGAGAUAUAAGUUGUAAGGUCUCAAUAUAAUUACAACGGCGGCCCCGACCAUGGGCGACGGUAACCACUCACCAUCAGAUGGGCCGUAUGCUCGUCUGCCUACAAAAACCAUAAAUCUCAGUAAUUUUCACUGUAAUCUUUUCUCUAUUGUGGUCGGUAAUUUUUCUGCUUUCUUCAUUUUUCGUAAGAAACUAAUGUAAUCUGCCCUUACUUCGUGGCAACUGUCGCAAAAUAUUUCAUAAAAUAUGUACAUUUAUUGAAACUAUUCCCGUGCGGGUGGCUCGACGCAGGUGGUACUUUGAUGAUACCAUCCGGAAACUUUCCCUGUGGUAACACAAAUAUUCAUUUUUUUGUACGUUGAAGCCGUAAAAAUCCCUAGUAGCGCUUGUAAAAUUUGUUACAAUUCCACUUUCCUAUUCUUGUAAUUAAACAACAAAAAAUCAGAAUUGAAGGAAGUGAAAUUGCACUGUUUUUUUUUUUUUGUUUGGAACGAAAUUCCUUAUUGUACGAUGCGGAGGGUUUUUUUUUUUUUUUCUGGCCGUGGGCCGAACCUCCUACGAGGUCCCCGCGCCUAGGGGGCGCGCGGGGUAUGUGAGACUCAACGAUCUGCAGGUGUUCAGAGCAGAUCGCGGGCCCAAGGAUUUUAGGGCCCACCCACUAAACGACUCCCCUGCACUCUUACACCCGACGUCCGAUCUCCGUCCGGGGUCAGAAUCCGGUCAGAGUAGGGGGGUUCCCGCGGUCAACACUACAACCAGACAGAGGGGUACCCUAACCGGAAAAAAACGUCCGUAACGUAAGAUUUUUAUUAUUUAUGUAUAGUCUUAGUAUUCUAUACAGUGUCUAAUGUAUAGUCUACGUGAUGACGGUUAUUAUUAUUCAUAUAAAUAGCUGUUUCUUUCUAUAUUAUUAUUCUUUUUUUUUAUAAAUCAUUGUGAAUAAAAUAAAGUUGAUAACUUUGUAAAGUAGUUAUUUUUUGUCAAUAAAAAAAUCUAAUAAAACUA